CUCACUUCCUAAACCUUCGAAUUACCCUCCAUGUCACUUCUUAGCCGGUGUUCUUUAUCUCUCCGAACGGGUGUGUACGCUACCCUCCGUUUUUACAGCGCCAAUGUUGAAGGAUCCUUGUUGGCCCGUCUCAAAGAAGACCGCAAAACGUUGAUGCGUUCCAAGAAGCAGCCUGAUCUGAAUGUGCUCAAGGGCGUGUUGAGCGAUUACACGUACUACAUCAAAUCGCCUAAUGCUGUGCCUGGACAAAGCGAGGAUGCUGCGGUUUUAUCGGUUAUUCAGAAAUCGAUCAAGCGACGACAGGACUCAGUGGCUCAAUAUGAAGCGGGUGGUCGACCGGAAUUAGCCGAGCAAGAGAAAAAUGAAAUGAAGGUGUUGCAAAGCUAUUUGCCUGAACAAAUGUCUGUGGAAGAGAUUGAAAAGCAGGUCAAAGCAUUGAUUGAACAAGUGGGAGCCACCACCCUGCGUGAUAUGGGUAAAGUGAUGAAGGCAUGGACAGUGGACGCUGCCAAAGCUGAUAAGAAAGCCGUGAGUGAUGCCGUAAAGAAGCUGUUACAAUAAACAUGUAUAGAAAGUAUUGAAUUUAUGCAAAAACGAAAAAAGCGAAAAA